AUGCCGUCACUCAAUUUGACGACAACUACACGUCGGGAGUCGAGGCAGCUGGCCGUGGCCAAGGAUCCGAAUGCGUCGAAGGACAAGCAGCGAGAGCUCGUCGGAAAGUACAAACCGACGGCCAAUCGGAACAUCAUCCUGAUCAGGCAUGGCCAAUAUGUCAUGGAUUCGAAGGAGAAAUCUCUGUCCGAUCUUGGCCGAAAACAAGCCGAACUGCUCGCCGACCGGUUGGCCAUCACCGACAUCAAGUUUGACGCCCUCCACAUGUCUCCACUCAAUCGAGCCACCGAAACGGCCGAUAUUUUGCUGCAAAAGCUUCCACCAGAUCUGGUGCGUAAAAUGGAUCCGAUGCUCGAGGAGGGCCCACCGUAUCCACCCGAACCGGCCGCUUAUCACUGGGUACCCUCCACCAAUGAAUUUGUGACUGACGGUAUGCGAAUCGAGGCGGCUUUUCGCAAAUACUUCCACCGUGCAUCGCCGCGCCAGACCGACGAUUCGACCGAGAUUUUCGUCUGCCAUUCCAACGUCAUCCGAUAUUUUGUCUGUCGAGCGCUACAAUUCCCUCCGGAAGGCUGGCUCCGUCUAUCCGUCGCCAACUGCUCGAUCACGUGGCUGCAAAUCCGCCCGAAUGGCCGUGUCACUCUGAAAAGUCUUUCUGAUGUCGGCCAUUUGCCCCACAAGAAAGUCACGUUCGGC